ACGCCUUUAAGGUGUUCCACACAUGCAUGGAAUCGUCCCACGCAUCGCGCGUGGUUUCUGAAGGAAGUUGAGUUCUUUCCGCGCAUCUUACGCGUUUUCCUGAAGGAAAAUGGCUACCAGCUGUCAUUUAAUCGGAAAGUGUAACUUCUAAAGUGACAGAAUUCUGUGAAAAAUCGUUUAACGUGCAUAAGAUCGUCUGGCGCGAUGCAAUUACAUAACGUUGAAAUCAUUUAGUUGAACGACGCCACUUUUCAUCUACAUGCGGAACCCGUGAAACCUCCUACAGUGCCAUGAAAUUUUAUUCCACUUUACUGUUUACAGUUUUUAUUUUUUGCAAAACGUAUCAGGGCUAACAAGUCAACGCUACUUCCACGCUUUUUAAAUAAUUUCAUCACUUCAGUAGUCAUUUUAGGAUCGUUAUUGACAAUUUAACCGUGCUACAUAUUAAAGACUACAAAUUUUUGACCUGACUCAUUAUUUUUGGAGCUCGUUAAUUGCAAAUACGAAAAGCAGCAUGGGUUCAAGCCAACAGUUUUCUCUUAGGUGGAAUAAUUACUUAAAACAUAUUACUUGUGCUUUUGAUACACUGAGAACAGAAGAAGAUCUCGUUGAUGUAACUUUAAGCUGCGAAGGAAAAAGAAUAAGAGCACACAAAAUGCUAUUAUCUGCAUGUAGUACAUAUUUUAGAGAUUUAUUUAAGGAAAAUCCAUGUCAGCAUCCUGUUAUAAUAUUUCGUAAUGUGAAAUUUGAUGAUUUGGCUGCAUUGGUUGACUUUAUGUAUCAGGGUGAAGUAAAUGUGGUUCAGGAACAAUUAGCCAGUUUUUUAACAACUGCUGAAUUGCUUGCUGUUCAGGGCCUUACCGAUGGUACAGGAAAAGAUAAUGAUAGUUUAGUAGAGGAUGACAUAGAAAUUCCUAAUGAACCUGAAAUUCAACUUCAAAAUGCUUCUAGCAAAACAGCAACAGACAAGAGAAAUAAGUCACCUUCAUCUCCAAUGCCUUAUCAUGCUGUUGACUUACAACCUGAUGCUCCACCGAGCAAAAGACGAAAAUGUAGAGAAAAUGCAAAUACAAAUGUGGAUAAAACUAUAAGUAAUGCUUUAUCUUCAAAAGAAUCUGAAAAUAAAACUUCAGAAAAUCAAUCAACGACUGGUUCAGAUCCUGUUGAAAUAAUACCACUAAUGCCAAAUUUAAAGUUGGAAAUGCCUGAAUAUUUAGUACAAGAUGGAAGUAGCUGUAGUUACGAGGAACAAAGUUUGGGAGACAGUUCGCUAAAUAAGAUUGGUAUAGAAGAUACAUCAUCUAAUACUCCUGAUCAUGAUCAGAAACCUGAUAUCACUCAGACAUUUUAUUCGAGCAAUCAGUCUACUUCAGAUAGCUUGGAUCUCAAACAUCAAACAACUGAUGUUGGGCACUUGCUUUCGAAACCUAGUACUUCUGGAGAAAGAUUAACACAAGAAGCAGUGCAGGGGGGGGUGGGACGCAAUCGGAAGCAUGUUGGCGAUACAACUGGUCAAGUGGUGAUGCAGGGUCCAGGGCGUUUUUCGUGCAGACUCUGCGGAAGCGUUUACAAGCACCUUGCUUCGCUGACCCAGCACCUUGAAGUGCAUCGCAACCAGACUACCUGCAUCCUAUGUCACACCACUCUCAGUCGUAGAACCGACCUGCGACGUCACAUGCGUCUGAAACAUAACAUGCAAUGGCAAAAAACGAUCCAGAAGCAGCGCAGCUCGAAAAACGAAUUGGACUCGUAAAUUUUUUCGAACGCGUCGAGAAAUAUUGCUUCUCGCUCCGCCCUGGUCCCCCUAUGUUUUUCUUCUUGUCUGUUCGCGUCAAGUAGAAACAUCUUCCGAUCUUUUCCCUCGGUGAUCUCUCCCUUUUCGGUUUCUUUUCUUUUGUUUUUAGCUUCAGCCGCCAUUUUUCCUUUUCUUUGUCCGUCAGUUGUCGUUCAUCGUCAAUGUGUCAACGCUUUUCUUUUUACUCUGAGAAAUAACCCGCUUUUACCGAACCAUCCUUUAAAAUAAUCCGAUGUUUCGUCAUGUAUUUUGUCGUUCGUACACAUUGAGGUGAACCAUUUGGUUAGCGUGUUCUCCCUAUGUACAGUAUUAAAAUCGGACAGGGGCAAGGAUUGUAGAAUCUUACGUUGCUUGCAUAGUUCUUGGAAUAUUUUAACGUUCGCGUAACAUUUUAUGAUAUUAACCGUUGCCGUUAAUUUUCGCGUGAAACAGAAAGUUUGAGGACAGUAACAUGGGACUUAAUUAAUUUGUAUUUAUCAUUUUCUAAUCCCGAUCUCAUUCUUUCGAAACCUCUGGGUACCGUAUCUAAAAGCUGGACUGGUACGAGGUUGUCUCUUUUUUAUUGCAGAAAGCUAGGAGUACACGUUUUCUUCUUCGGGAAAUAAAUAUCCACGGACUUCUUAAUUCUCUGAUUUUCGCAAGCCGAUACAUAAUACUUACCCCUUUGCUAUUCUGGUAAUAUGCGUUUCCGACUUUCAGAGAAGCGAACAGUCACAUGGCGCGUAUGCUUUUAUAUCACUUUCGUUUCUCAUCGCUAUGCUUUUAGUGUAAAGCGAUAAGAAAUCGAAAGAUUUAAUUGCAAUGUGUAACGUUAUUAACGCGUCUCCGCUCUAUAAAAAUUCUAGUCAAUACUGUACAGUACUUUAAGCCAUUGUUAAUACGUUUCUUUCUCUUAUCGUAUCUUCGUUUACACGAUACAAACUUUUACGUCGACAAUGUUCCAUACGGAUCUCUGUUACGCGCCCGAUUAUUAACACAUUAGCGUUAAAAACCCUCGAUAACUAUUGUGUUCGCAGUGAAACACUACGAGAUCGAUGAUAAUACAGUUUUUUUCGAUAAGCGAUGAUUAUCGACAGUGUGCAGACGAACUUGCAGUUGUGUACAUUAGUCGACAGUCGAUAGAAUGUAUGAAAUACAAGAUAUCCAUAUCAUCAAUAGAAGAAUUACCAUAUUUCGAUGCGAGUAACAGGAUGGUCGAGUCAAAUGCGUUGCAUUAGCGUGCAAGUAAUGGCGUUCUUCGAGACUUUUAGAUGCGUAUUACUACAACUAAAUGUUGCGACUCAGUAGAAGCUAUACUUGUGAGCAGCCAACCGUUUUCCACUCAUAAUGUACUCGAAUCAAAUGAAACAUGCGCUACUCGUCGUAAAAAUCGUUUUAAAUAACAGCCUCAAUAUUGAUAUUACACUGACUCUGUUUACACGUCUGUUAUUCGCGUGCUCGAGUUUUCUUUUUCGAUAAGGAUGAACUUAGCUACUUUGAAGGAUCGCAUAGACAGUGCCUUACACACAAUUAUCUAGUUUUACAUUUUACAUAUUAACUUUCCAGAUGUUUACCACAGUUGAACGCGUAUAAGAGAAUAUAAGAGAACUGAAAGUUUUAUUCUUUUUGUCUGUGGCUUCGUGUAAACAUUGUCGCUGUAUAAAAUUGAACGAAACGAUUCGUUCACCGAUAAUCCAUAUGACGAGAAUGUAAUUUUCGAUCGUUUGAUACGGUUCGGAUUGUGUCUCUUAACUCGUUCUUUCUUAUUCGUUAUUUUCUUUCGCGAUUUAUGAAGCCGAGAAGUGUCGCGUUACCAUUCAAAAGUUCCAACUUUACCGCUUAAGUGUCGUGCGUGUCGCUUUUUUAUAAAUUAAUUUUAUCGAUAAUGCUAAUUAACUUAAGUUAUUUGAUUAUUCUACGCUAUAAGCCUUACGGAAAUUCUACUUAAUCCCCGUAAGUAGAUCAUAUCUAAUGAAAUUCCUAGAAAUAAAUAAAAUUAAAUAAGGGGUCAUUACUCGAUAAUAUUUUAGAACGAUAUGUUCAAGCUUGAAUAUAGUGAAACUAUUGUACGUUAGAUUUGUAAUGCGACACAGUAAAUCUUAAUUAAAAAAUAAUGAACGUAAAGCGUCAUAAAAGCUCAGUCAUUUCGAUUACGUGUAUCUGAAUGGGAAUUAUAAGAUGUGCUUCUUACUUUAUCCUCGAAUUGAUUGAUUCGCGAGAUACAGGCAUUCCGUUUCAACUAUCGAUACAAAAUUAUACGUAAAGAGAGAUCGAUUUGUCCGAUGAAAGACAUUGUUUAUGCACGAUGAAGCACUUAAUCGUAGAGUUACGCGUAGUUCUAAACAUAGAUGUUCGCUGUUGAGAAUCGCACCAAGUUUCAAGGUAAAGUCGAAGUUUUCGAGAUAUCUCGUAAACGAUCGAUCAGAAUUUAUGCCAUUAACUAAAUAUUAAGUAAAACAUGUACUUGAUUGCAAUGCGUUUUUCUUUUAGAUAUUAAGUAAGAUGUUAGAGUGACAGCGUGAAUUUAUACGAUGUAUAUCGCACGAUAGUUGACGUGUUAACGAUAGUUUACUAAAUUGGUUUCACAACCAGCAAUUGUCUUAUCGUCACAUCGAUUAAAUGAUAUUUAAGCAGCUGUCGUAUUUUAAAAUACACACGCGAAAAAGAACUAAAUGCAUUUAUCAGAACGAUGUGUUUGCAGUAACGAAUUUCAUUUAGCAGGUUAUGGGUAGCUUUCGCGAAAGGAACGAUACACAUAGAUAUCAUGUUUGAGUGGAAACUUUAUUUCAUAAACCCAUGGUUAACCAUAUAUCGUGAACGCGGAACGCACCACGUACCUAGACGAACAAAUGCAAACUGUCUAUAGAUAACAUGGUCAAGUAAUAAUUGCGCCGGUAGUAGCAAGCUUUUCAUUUCGAUUUAAAAACGUGUUACGUAUAUGUAUUAAUUGUGAGCUUGUGAGUUAAAAGUGACAUAACAGUAUGCUUUAAAAUGUUAUUACAGCAAUGUAAAUAAAUCAAUUUACAAUGGAAGUUCCAGUGUUGAUAUCUUUCAGGAAAGUGAUAUACGUAUAUCGAAUAGAAAUUACGAUCGAGGCAAAAAAUUUACGAACAGACGUAGGUUCGAUGCAUUUCUCUUACGUUCUAGAUACAUAUUAAGUCUUAGAUGCGUUCUAAUAACAUUCAACUCGAUUUAUGGUAUUUAUUUACAAGGAAUUAAAGAUAUAAAUGUGAACAUAA